AUGCUGCUCUGCUCAACAAUAUAGUCCAGAACUUCGGGAUGUUGGACCUGGUGAAGAAAGUUCUUGCCAGUCACAAAAGCCAGAUGGACCGCUGUAGGGAGCAGUACACACGCAGCUUAGUGGCCCUAGAGCAACAGUGUGACGAGCAUCGCAAACGCGCCAAAGAACUGAAGAGCAAAUCGCAGCACCUCAACCACGUCCUUAUGACCAUGACCCCCGUGACCUCGCCUCCCACUGCCAAACGCCCCUGUCUGACCCGUGCCGUCUCGGGUCCCGCCACCGUGGCUGCCACGCCCGCCCAGCCCAUGCACUUCACCCUGCCCAUCACGCAGCUCGCUGGCAUCCCGCUGGACAAAGUGCUGUCUGCUCAGACUCGGUCACCCCUGAUCGGCGGAUACACGGUGCUGACAUCACCCGGAGGGACCGAACUCCAGUCUGAAGGCUCUAAUUUAACCGUGUUGAGCACCGCCGCGGUUCCACAGGGGUCCGCGGCACCCACUAUCGUCAAAGUGGUCAGUCCGUUUCAGCUGGUCACGUUGCCCGCAGUGGGAGCUGGAGCUAUGGUGCAGAACCUGGCAGCACCAGUAGGGGGCGCAGCAGUACCCGUAAGCACAGUCAGCGGU